GUAGGAGGCAUUCAAGGAACAAGGAAGCACGCUUUCAGAUUUGAGCAGAAGAGUGCAGCACCUUUCUCUCCAGCAGAAUAAAAAAGGGCGGCCUUUGAAAUCAACAAGCACCGUCACGUUCAAAAUUCUCAUUCUGCUAGCUUCUCUCUCUUUUGAGAGAGAGAGAGAGAGGAAGAGAGGGAAGGGCCAACGACCCACAAAGGGAGCAAACUCACUCUCUUUAGUUGACGGUUUGACAAAAGAGGAAUUUCAAGGCACUCCCACUGUGUAUAUAAGACUCGGGGAUCCGGCCAGGGUGUUGCACGAGUUGCAUCGAGACCCAAGCGAAAAGAAGUUGGUGAUAAGCUCCCGACUUAAGCCUGUCCUUCAGAUCCACAAAAAAAUUAGAGUUGCUGCAGUGCUUAAUUCGAUGGGCGUCUCUCUUGAUAUGGUCCCAUCUGGUUGGGAGAGAUUUGGAGACCUCAGCAAUGAAUUGACUCCAAAAGGCAGUGACACAGUCACGCUGAGGUCGGUCAGUUUCAAUGGAAAGGAUGUAGAGAAAACAUUGAGAACAGUUAGUUUCAAGGAUUUAGAUACGCAGAAUUUGUUGCAGUCAGAUGCGGCCAGCAAAUUUGUGAUAGAAGAGACGGUUGGUUCCAAGAAAUGGGAGCACAAGAACCUUAAAGUUGAAACUGCAAUCUCCUUGAACAUGCAAAAUUCAAUGGCGUACCAUGGAGACUCUUUCAGUUUCAGACCUCUUGCUGAUUGCAAUUCUGCACAGCCACUUGGUCCGAGUGACUCCAGCAAUUCUAUGUACAAAGAAAACUCAUUGAGUUCUCCCUCCGAUAGGGAUGCCGCUGCUCUUAAGCUGCAGAAGGUUUACAAAAGUUACAGAACUCGAAGAAAUCUGGCAGAUUGUGCUGUCGUAGUUGAAGAGCUCUGGUGGAAGACCUUAGACUCUGCUACUCUUGACCUAAGCUCUAUUUCAUUCUACAACAAAGCAGAGGAGUCUGCUUCAUCACGCUGGUCCCGUGCAAGGACAAGAGCUGCGAAGGUUGGGAAGGGUCUAUCCAAGGAUGAUAAGGCUCAAAAGUUGGCUUUGCAGCAUUGGCUUGAAGCAAUUGAUCCCCGCCAUCGUUAUGGCCACAACCUUCACUUCUAUUAUGACCUGUGGUUCGAAAGUGAGAGUAGUCAGCCCUUCUUUUACUGGUUGGAUCUUGGAGAUGGCAAAGAGGUAAAUCUAGAACAGUGCCCUAGGAGUGACCUUCAACGCCAAUGCAUUAAAUAUCUUGGUCCGAAAGAAAGGGACGCCUAUGAAGUGGUAGUGGAGGACGGGAAGCUCAUCUACAAAGAAAGUAGGAGCUACGUUGACACGGUUAAAGAGAAUAAGGGAUCCAAGUGGAUAUUUGUCCUAAGUACAACUAAGAGACUCUAUGUUGGGCAGAAGAAGAAGGGCGUAUUUCAGCACUCAAGUUUUCUCUCUGGAGGUGCAACAUCAUCUGCUGGAAGAUUGGUUGUUGAUUAUGGUGUCCUGAAGGCAAUUUGGCCAUACAGUGGUCACUAUCACCCUACAGAGGAGAAUUUCAAGGAGUUUGUUAGCUUCCUCGAAGAAAACAAUGUGGAUCUCACUAAUGUUAAGAGGUGUUCUGAUGAUGAUGACACCCCUCCGUCUGAAAUUAAUAGUGAGGCUGAGAGCAAGAUUAAAGGUUCAGCAAGUAGCAAGUCAUUCCUUGAUGUGGUCACAAAAGCCACUGCUUCAAACAAAGCUGCUAAAACUAAGCAAAUGGAAGCCACCUUCCAACUGGGCAACCGCCUGUCACGCAAAUGGACCACGGGUGCAGGUCCUCGCAUUGGCUGUGUUAGGGACUACCCUGCUCAGCUGCAAACCAUGGCACUGGAACAAGUUAAUCUCUCUCCCAGAGUCAUUCCUUCACCUUUUGGCGCCUCCGGACCAAUUCCUUCACCUCGUCCUAGCCCAAGAGUCAGGCUUUCUCCACGGCUAUCAGGAAUGAGCCCAAGGCUGUCGUUCUAUAAUGCUUGAACAGAGCAGUACUGUAAUGAAGGGUCUGCAUAGCCUGACGUUGUUAAUAGCAAUUCAGUUGCGCAAGCAAUUCUCAAGGUUCUGACAACAACGGGAUCACCUUCUUGUCUGAUACAUACAAUCUUAUGGCAGGAAACCUUUUGAAACAAAAGGACUGCUGCAUCCUGCAAUUUAGGAGCUGGGCUAUAUACUUCUAUCCUUUCCAAAUUUUGUAAAUUCUGAAUUUUUGAUCCAUGGCCUGGUUGUUUGGCCAUAUUCCUUUUUUUUUUUUCAAUUUCUUUUCCUGUAGAAAGAGUGUAUGUAUCUAAACUGAAGCAAUUUUUAUUAAUUUCAUUUAUUAUUGAAA